UGCCCAAUGGGCGAACGCGGCGGAGGGAAAAGCCGGAGGGCGAAGGGCCGGCCAGACGCAGGGACGCCGCGCGUCAUUAAAUGAUGAUGUUUGGAAAAAUUUCAAGGCAACUCUGCAGCUUAAAGAAAAUCCCACAGUCAUGUGACUCCAGAUACUUCUGGGAAUGGUUGAAUACAGUGUUUAACAAAGUAGAUUAUGAACGCAUCAAGGAUGUUGGCCCAGACAGGGCAGCAUCUGAGUGGCUGCUUCGGUGUGGGGCCAAAGUACGCUACUGUGGCCACCAGAAGUGGCUACAGGAUUACAACCACAUCCCAGGAAGCUUUGGGGACAGAUACAAGAUUCAAGCAAUUGAUGCCACCGAUUCUUGUAUCAUGGACAUUGGACUGGAUCACAUGGAGGGCCUAGAGCACGUUGAAAAAAUAAUACUAUGCAAGUGUCAUUAUGUUGAAGAUAACUGUUUGCAGAGGCUUAGUCAACUUGAAAAAUUACGAAAAAGCCUAUUGGAAAUGGAAAUCAUUGCCUGUGGGAAUGUCACAGACAACGGCAUCAUUGCUUUGCGGCAUUUUAGGAACCUCAGGUAUUUGUAUUUAAGUGAUCUUCCUGGAGUCAGAGAUAAAGAAAAUCUUGUCCAAGUCUUUGAAACAGCACUGCCUUCUCUAGAACUAAAAUUAAACCUGAAGUAAAAUACGUGUCUGAUUUCAGCACACAGGGUCAUUUGAAAUUGCUCCUACUAAAUAGCUACACACACUCCAUCAUCACCAGUGGAACUAAGAAGAUGUCUGAAUAAUGGAGAAGUAGAAAAUAAAUACUUAAAAGUGACUCACUAAAGUUACCUAGUUGGAAGAGAGAAAUUAUGUACAUUAAAUCACUUUUAAAAUAUGGAUAACAUUUUAAUUCUAUUGUCUUCCUCGUUGACAUGUAUAAUGUAUGUAUUGGUGUAGAUAUUGAUACAGAGAUCUUUAAACCGCAUUGCAAAUACUCUUUUUUGUGUUAUGAUAAUGUACAUCUCUAAAGGCACUGAGGCAUGUUGCUGCAAAUGCCCGACCGUGAAAAACUGAAAGCUCCAGUCACAGGUUCAGUGGUGGAGUCGGCUGUGCACAGUGGUGAGUGGUGUUGAGAACAGCACGCUGUAUUCCUUCCCAGGAUUUGUACAUACUGCUCAAGCUCCUGCAUUUCUGUGUUCCAAUAGGACAUACUUUUUAAAAAUACCCUUUCUCGGAAUGAAGAAUGCUGGUUAAUUCUCCCUACUUCUACGCUUGGGCUACUGCUAGAUAGAACUGAACACAGGUUCUCGUCUGUACCCAACUAGUUUUGCUGGUAAAACAAAGCAGGAGCCAGGCUGUCCUUACUCCCUAUCUACUUCAGACAGAAGUUAGUGCAUUGAUUAAAAGCUAAAUUUUGCUGUCCCUCAAAUAUUUUGAAUGCUACCUCCUAUGAACUCAAGGGACAUAAAAAUAUAAACAUGAAAAUGAAUUUUAUAUCUAGAAAACACUAAUAAAGAAUGUCAUAAGGGGAUAAAAACUAGUCUUUAAUUUUUUUCCUGAUGUAGCUGUAAUUCCAUCAUUGGUAGUUAUAUUCUGAUUCAUGUGUAGGUUUCUGUAUGCAUGGUUGGAUAUCGGGUUGCUGAAUAUAAAUUUGACUAGGAAUGACCUACUGCAGUGCAGCUCUCAGGCAGAAAAGGGAACUCCAGCUGGUUUUAGAACUCUGCUUAUAAAAACAAAAACAAAAACAAAACAAAACAAACCACCCUAAUUCAUGGGAAAGUGACAAUUACAUAUAUGACUGUCAUUUGCAAGUCAGAAAACAGUAAAUAAAAACAAAGACAAAGUAGAAGACAUGUAGAAUGGUCUCAUGGGGUAUGUGCUGAUUCCACAUAGGAGAGGAGGCUAGCAGGUUUGCUCAGAUUUCCAUUGCGCAUAGGCAUAAAUGUAAUAGACUGCACCGAAGAAAGGCAAGCCCUUUUAUCUCAGGUCUGUUUCAGUACUGUGUGGCCCAACAGCUAAUUUGUCAUGACUUCAUCUGGAGAGGCUUUUCUAAUCUACAGUUUUCUGUAAAACUACGGAUAAAUUAGGCAGUUACCACCAUUUGCCACCAAAUACAUGUUUAUUGUCUUAAGAAGAGCGUUGGGGAGGCAAUCUGAACUAUUCACAGAAGUUGAUAUCCUUCCUUGUCAUUUAACAUGGCUGUCUAAGAGGAACUGAGUAACGCCGGGGCUGUUCUUUAACCCACCCUCAGUCAGGUCUAUGGAAGAAGCUUUCUGUACUAAGGAAGCCUUAAUUUGCCUUGGAGUAGCCAAGAUUGUUGAACAGAAUUUAGUAAACUACAUAGCAGGAAGGGAACGGGGCUAAGUGAUGUCAUGAAAUUAACACAAGAAGGAAAAUGAGCGUGCAGAGGAAAUGUUGUAAAGGUGCAGGAAAAUAGAGCUUUGAAAUCCAUGUCUGAGAACUCCUGUGAACCAGCAGCACCAACCAGAAAUGAUAGUGAGAAACUGAUAUGGGCUUACAUUGCCCGUGUCCAGGGGACAGCGAAGAAAAGCUUUGCUAUUAGCAAUAAUAAACCGAAUCGAAGGUAAUUUUAUGUCUCACUGUUUAAAAAUCCUCUCUAUUCGGUUUACCACUUCCUCAUUUGUUACACUGUAUUCAUUAGCAUGGUAUGUACACAUAUAUAUGUGUUCAAGUGUAUGAGUGUGUAUUCACAGACAUGUACAUAGACAUGAUAUAUAGAAUGUAAUAAGAGAUACUUUAAGGAGAGAAUAUCAGUUAGCAAUCUGCGUGUUUCUUGAUUCACAUUGAAGUCCACAAGCAAUUACAUCUAAAUCCAGAUCAUUUGAGUUUUACUUACAGAACAGUCUUCAGGUGUGAGGAUGAGCUGAAAAACGGAGUGAUAAUUAUUUACUGGCUGACAGGCUCUUUCUGUGAGGCCUGUGGGUCUUGUCCUAUCCCUUUCUGAUGCAUCCUUUCUUAGGGUAAAGAUAAAACUAUAUGUAAGAGAUGUAUAAGUAUCUCAUUGGUUAUACAAGCAUAAAACCUACAAAGUUUUAAGACUAGAUAUUCCUAUCAACUUAGAUAUCCUAAAACAUGUCUUAAAACACAAAAAUCAAGAAAGAGCAAACAGGAAAUAGCAUCAAACAUUUUGACUUCAGGGACUAAAAUCAUACUUAAAUAUGAUUUGAGAACAACAGUAGAGAUAGGACUCAAAACAGAUCUAAAGAAAUGCAUGUGGACAUUUCAUAAUCCACUUUUCACAUAUGGCAUAUGGCAAACGGAAGCAUAAGGCCUUUGGACAUCCUCUGGUGCAGCUAUGGGCAGCAGGCACAGUUCACGCUCAGUCUUUCCACUCUGCUGCUUAGAUAAGCAGAGGGUGAGAUCCCAGCUUUUGCUGUCUUCUCUGGACACCCCACCAAGCACGGGAGUCUGGAUCUGGACUUCUUCUUCGUAUCUUCCCGCCAAGUGGUCUCCAGCUUCCUGUCUGUAUUUUCUCCUGAUGUGUGGUCACUACAGGAAUCAAAUGUCUACAUUUUUUUUCCUUCAAAUUAUUGGUUCUUCAUCACUCUGCCCACUCCUUAAAUAUUUGGAAAAUGGUAGUUAAAUUUCUUGGUACUACAGUGGUACUUCUUAUUGUCCAAAGCUGGGAGGAGGCUGCUGCUGCUGGUUAGCUGAGGUAGGUACUGCAACUGAAACACAACACAAGAUCAGGUUCAAAACUAGGCCAUGCAGGGGUUCGUUAUUAUUUAGAAUAAAUCACAAAAGAAAUAGCUUUGGAGGUACAGAAAUAAAUCUUCCUCUUAUGAAGUCCAGAACCUGAGAGGCGGAGAAGUGUUUCAAUUUGGAUUUUUCCUUUGCUUUCAAAGAUUUGAUUUAUAUUUUAAAAGCAGCCCAAGCCAGGUAUGUUGGCACAAAAUGUAAUUCCAGCACUCAGGGAGCUGAAGUGGUAAGAUCACAAUGGACCAGCCUGGGUUACACACUGAGACCUGCCUCAAAACAAAGCAAAAACACAGAAGCAACCAAGAUCUUGGGUUAAGUUCCCACCACCAUGCACAAACACACAGAACCCACAUUAAAAAGGAAAAACACACAGGACUGGAGGUGUAUCUCAGUAAUAACUUGCUUGGUUACAUGUGAGAGGCCUUAGAUUCCAGCCCCAGCACCAAACACACACACACACACACACACA